CUGAAAACCGCUGUACCUCCUCUGGCAAAUAAUAUUAGCCUAGGUGCACGUGAUACUGUGCACGUGAUACUGUCCAGAAGUAAAAAGUAAGCAGUUGUAUCAUAGCUAGUAGGCUAAGUUGUAUACAGUACAGAAGAUGGCAACAGGAGGUCAUCAAUACAUGUACAACAACCAUACGCCAGGCCAGGCACCAAUCAGGUCUAGAUCUAUCCCAUCUGAAUAUGGACAUGGAUACACACCAGACCAAGGAGAGGGUCCAGCAAGUGAUGAAAGUGAUGAAAGUAAUGUAAAUGAUGAAAGUGAAGAAGAGGAGCAAUCAACAGUUAAUUCUUCUGAGUCUGUUAGCACUGACGCAAGUACAACUUCUUCUAUAACCUCUAAACAAGCAAAAACUUUCUUAAGAAGAUGGCUGAAAGAUCAAUUUUACGGCAAACAAGCUCAUUGCUGCAGGCAGGAGGACUCUAACUUCACAGCACCACAAUUUGGAGAUCAGUUACAGCAUGGAGACUUUCAACUAAGACAAGAUCAAUUUUACGAGGAAAAAGAUCAUUGCUACAGGCAGGAGGACUCUAGCUUCACAGCACCAAUGACUAGCCCACCACUUGGAGAUCAGUCACAGCUUGGAAACCUUCCACUAGGACAAGAUCAAUUUUACGACAAACAAGCUCAUCACCGCAGGCAGGAGGACUCUAACUUCACAGCAUCAGUGACUAGCCCACAAUUUGGAGAUCAGUUACAGCAUGGAGACAUUCCACUAAGACAAGGACCCUAUCAGCCCAAUGAGAUGCAUACAGGAGGGAGUGAAGAAAACAGAGUAGAUUCACUUGGAACAGCUGAGCAAGACCCACUGAUCCAAUCAGAUAAUGACGAAGAGACGGGUGACAAAAAAGAGGUUGAGCAAACUGUAAAUCCUGCCCAACGACCAAAAAUUGACAAAAGAAGUCUGCUGUAUAUAUGUGUAUGAAGAUCAAUUCUAUUAUUUGUAAGAAUGAAACGAUUAUACGGAAAAUUGCCGAGAACAGUAGCUAUCAGUCUGCCCUAAGACCCCUAGCCUCGAUUCCAGGCCGCACUUCCCACUAGCCUGGUAUCGACUGCUUGCGCAUGCGCUAAUAUCCCCCCCGGUAUCUGGGGGCUUUGGAUAACAUCGUUUUUAUGCUCAGUAAAACUAUGACAUCACAACGAAAGGAAGUGGAUUGAAGGAAGUAGAUAGAAAGUUCGAUUGAAGGUUUCUAGCCCAUCGGAUAGCAUUCUCUGAUAGCUACCCUUAGCCUGCUAUGUUAACAAAAGACUCACAGCCUGCAACAGUGUGGAUGACGAUCGUCUGAAAGGGGUGACGGCUGAUAAGAGCCUAUAUGGACAGGCCACGCCCAUUUAACACUAACUUUGGUGAAAGUCUACUAUAUAUACUACUGCUACUGAUUCUAUCAGAAGAAAAUAGCAGUACAACAAACCUACACAGCUCUGUCUCUAGCUAGCUAGCUAUAUAGCUCUGUGUAUGACUUUUAGGAUAUUUUCUCUGAUGUAUCCAGUACUAUAGGAAUAUUUACGGGGGGAAAAAUCCAAUAAUUUGGCGCAUGCGCAAGCAGUCGAUAGCAGGCCUUCUUUCAAAGGCCGGUGAAGGAGGCUAUAAGACCCCCAACUUUUCAGUAUUUGCAAGACAAGACAGGAAAUACAUACCACAAGUAUUUUAAUGAUGACAUCACAAAAACAUUGUUUUAAUGAAAUUCAUAAUUAUAAUUAUAAUGAGAUUCAUAAUGAUGACACCCUUCAACUCUGCCAGAUUGUAGUGAAGGGUGAUUUUUUCUGACUUUCCAAAGCUCAUAACACAGACCAUUUACUGAACUAGAACUUGUUACUAGGAGACAAAUUAGUUCAAUAUGGAAUGUAUUGACUCAGCAAGUUUGGACUGGAUUGAGAUAGUAUGAACAGCUUGCGCAAAAAUUCAAAGAUAGCUCAUUCUGAAUAGUCUCUGUGGUUGGUGUAACUUAUGGCUGCAUAUCUCCAGAUGUGAAAGGAACCAGUGACUGCCUAAAGUAUCAACUAGUACAUCUGAUGCAUGCGCAUGCUUUGCAGCAAGCUAGAAGGGAAGUGUUUUAUGCUAUUGCCAAGUUGUGUAUUUAUGUCAAAGUUUGUGUAACUGCUUUGCAAACACCAUUCAUUUGUAUGGCAUUUACCUUGAAUAUGUUGUUAUUUAGAUCCUUUUUAUUUGAUCAACCAAUUUUUAGCUUGCUACGUUGAUGGUGAACAGCUUGCUCAAAAACUCGAACUUUCCGCAAUCAUUUUACACAACUUAAUGCCAGUUUGACCCAAAUUCAUAUUUUAAAGUGUUUAUCGUAUGUUAAACUGUCUUCUUAUUACAUAUUUCAACUUAGAUAGCUCUAAAAACCUUUACUUAUAUCAAAAACAAAGAAAAACGUUUCUCAUUAAUAUAUUCAUGAGGCAACUUGUAGCACUUCCUGUCUUACAACAUUUGGGGUCUUAGGGCAGACUGUAUUAUAUCCAACCAAGCCAAAAGAAAAGCAAACGAUUUUAGUGCUCCAUACUAGUAGUAAAUUAUGCUAAAAAAUACCUAGUGAAAGCUAGAAACUGAGUAGCAUCAAGGGCGUAUACAGAGAAGAGGGCAUGCAACUCACUAUGUACCGUACGUACUCAUCCGACUUUGUAUCAGAGGCUAAAAAUAGAAUCCAGUAUACGGACGUGAACAAGUGGGCGGUGUUAUUUACGGAGUUAUAAUUAUGGGCGUGUACAUCAGAGCUGCCUUUGCUAGCUAGCUAGCUAACAUUAACAGUGCAGUAUUAUUUUAGAGAAGUGUCAUGACUAGUCCUAGUCCAGCCAGGUCCAGGACAACCAAGUGCUGGGAGCAUUGUUAAGGUGAAAAUAGCUCAAUACGAAGUCAGAUGAUUUUGAGAAUAGGGCGAGUUGCAUGCCCUCUUCUCUGUAUACAUACACCCUUGGUAGCAUAUAGUCAUACUAGAAGCAAUGAGCCAGAAAUUUAGAAACUUCGAGUUUUUGCUGCACUUGCCUUUGUUUUUUAACUUCUGUCUUUACAUAGCAAGUAUAGCAAUCAUAGUGUUAAACUACUACGACUCAUAAACCAACAGGAGAUAUAAUACAAGAGAGAUAAACGAGUCAGAAUGGAUAAAAUGCUGACUCAGCUGGAUCAAAAAGGAUAAACUUUAAGCGUAUUCAUGUGAUUGACGGCUACUAAUGACGCGUGUCCAACUUCCUCUGUAGUUGUAGCUAUAUAGACGUCUACUAAUGACGCAUGUCCAACUGUAGUUAUAUAGAUGUCGGUUUGUAGAGAAAUCGAGCGAGUUUGUAGGUACUUCCGUCUAGUUCUAGCUUUAGCUCUUCCGUAUGAAGUUUUACAAGCUGUAUCUCUUUGUGUCUCCCUCUGGAAGGUAUUUGUCUACAUCUACACACCUGAGCUCCAUGUACUUAUUGCUCACAUAAAAUGACGACUAAAAUAGAGUUACACUAGCGGUUUUGAUAUCAUCUUGAAUCAUGUCGGAUUGAUAAUUCAUACAAAUAUAUACUGUAGACUUCUUUCAUCCAAAAAGCAAUCCAUGAAUAUUUAUGAGCAAUCACUAUACCGUAACCUUAAUCCGUCACAACGUCAUGAACAGCUUAGAUGAUUACAUUCAUGCAAUCAUGCAAUCAGAUGUAAACACGGUUCAGAAAAAUAAUACUUGUAAGAUUGUAUGUCAUGAAUAUCGUGAUCUGUAAAUUGGCCUAUAAUUAUGUCCCGCUUUCUUGUUUCGCUUUUUUAGCACUUAUAUACCGCGUAUAUUUCGAGGGCAUAAAAUGUUCCCGGUUUUUGCUGAUCAAGCACGUACUGCGAACAUUUAUACCCACGAAUUUAAUAUCGCAUCAUGCAUGCUGCAGAAAGGCUGCUAUUCCGCGAAAGUUUAUACCCUCGAAAUAUAUACCUGCUAUAUAUACAGCAGGUGUCCAGCUGUAACAAAUGUCGAUUUUGGUACCACGUAUAGGUUCAUAAUUUUUUCAAUC